AUGCCAUCCAGAAAAAAAAAACAAAUGUUUGCAUCUGCCUGUUUUACUAGUAUUUGGUCUUUUGUGAUAGUCUGCCUUGUUCUUGCAAACAAAAACUGGGUCUCGAGUAAUGUUAACUUUACUGAAGGAAAUUCAAGUGCUAUUAUAACCGUCACAUAUGGGGUUUUUGAAGGUGUGUGUUCAAAGAAGGUGAUUGGUGGACUUGAAACGCCAGCAAAAAAUUUCCAAGUGACAGCGAAGCUGGGAAAGACAGCAAUGAAAAGUUUGAAUGUUGUGAUUAUCUUGCUCCUGGUUCUCAGUUUGCUUAGCUCCCUUAUGAGUUCUGGAUUUACAUGCUGCAACACCGUAACCAAUCCCUACCAGACAUUUUUGGGACCCAUUGGAGUCUAUACAUGGAAUUCCCUAAGUGGCAUCUUCGUUCUUCUAACCAUGAUAUUGUUUGCAGCGAACGUAGAGGCAAACAAACUGUCUGUAGAGUUGGCUUCAAACUGUGUGUUUUCUUCAAGUCAAUAUAAAGACUCCAGAAACAAUUAUGAAUAUUCAUACUGGCUCAUGCUUCUUAUCUUUCUUUUGAAUGUUGCAACCAUCAUCAUCAUCAUCUUCUAUCACCGUGCAAGGUAUUCCAAGAGGAAGGAACAGGAGAGACCCAUUGAAAAUGCACCAAAAGAUGGUAUUUUAUUUUAG